AUGGCUGCGCCCAUUGAGAAAGUUACGAAUUCGCUAAAUAUACAACUGAAGCCUCAACAGCUGGACAUUUUGCAGUGUCUGCUUGAUAGGAAGGACUGCAUGGCAGUUUUACCGACUGGCUUCGGUAAAUCAUUACCUUAUCAACUACUUCCGUUGGUACAACGAGAAAUCGGCCGCACUGGGAUUGUACUUGUUUGUUGUCCCCUUGUUUCGUUGAUGAAAGAUCAGGUUGAGAGAAUAAAUGCAAUUAAAGGUGUAACGGCCGCAUAUAAAGGUCAAGGUCUAGAUAAAGAGAUUUUGAGUGGCGAGGUAGACAUCAUAUUUGGAAGUCCGGAGUCACUGUUAGGUGAAUGGCGGGCUGAACUACAGCAACUCAAUGUCACUGCAAUUGUUAUAGAUGAAUUUCAUUUAAUAUCAACGUGGGGACAAGAUGAUGAACAUAUUCACAAGAGAGCAUUUAGGAAAUGGUUUGGUGUCUUGGAGAAUUACCCAGAUUUUACAUUUGUGUACUUGUCACCGGACAAAAGAAACAUCAAGUAUGUUGUAAAGAAAGUGGCAAAUGACAUUGAAAUGGCAAUGACAUGGUUAGUGGAUGGACUGGUGAACAUGGGAAGUCUAUUUCCAAGAACACUAAUUUAUUGUAAAUCAAUUAGUGAUGUGGCAAAGAUUUACGAUUAUGUGUCAGACGAAUUACCAGAGGACUUGUGCUCAAAUAUAGCUAUGUAUCAUUCAGAGACUGAAGAAUCUAUCAAAGAGACUGUGUUAUUGUCCAUUCGGGAGAAAGAGAGCCCUAUAAGAGUUAUUGUUUCCACUAAUGCUUUGGGUAUGGGGGUGGAUUUUAAAGAUCACACAGCAUUAUUUUAUUUGGUUCACCUCAUUCUAUACUUGAAGUGGUGCAGGAAAUUGGACGUGCUGGGAGAGAUGGUGAAAAGUCUGUGUCUUUGCUACUUUAUAAUUCCCAUCACCUUGCCCGAUGUGGCCCAGAAGUAA